AAUCAAACGAGGAAGUUUUUUCGCGACGGACAGUCCUCCAUAAUCAAUCGUCUGGUAUCAUGAGUCGUAAUUGAUCACAGCAAGGUCCUAUUCUUGAUUUUAGUGUUUUUAAAUCGUUUCGGUAUAGAGUUUUCACAAACAUGGAGGCGAGGUUCGACGGCAAGGUGGCGUCGAUCGUCGAGCUCGCCUUCCAAGCCACCGUGUCGGUCUUCAGGGGGGUGUGGGAGGAACAAGCGCCAAACUCGGCGUGGGAAGAGGCAACGAUCGGCCUCGUUGGCGGUCUACGGGAGAUCGAGCGCGGUCUGCUGGCUCAGCUUCAGCGGGUGUUCGCCGAGUUGUGCGACGAGAACGAGGAGCUGAAGAUCAAAGUGGAUCAGUUGGAGGACGUGAUGCAGAGGAAGGCCGGGCAACUGGAACAGGAGCUGCACGUCCGGGUAGGACGGCUAGGACGGGAUAUGGAGAGGCUGGAGAAGGAGCUAAAGAGCAUCAGCGAUGGAGGAACUGCGGCAGGAGAAGUCUCACUGUUGUCAGUCUCCGCCGACCAGACUGCUGCCGACACAGAAUCCAGUCUGAGUGUCUCGGAAGUGGGACAUGACGAGGCAGUCCCGAGUCCCAAAACGGAUCCCCAGGCCGCUGUCGCCCCGGUGGUGAUUGUCAGCGGGCUCGGCGGCCCACCCGCCAUGCUCAUUGUGGAAGAGGGAGAGUCUCCCACUCAGGAGAUAACCGAGGGAUCGUUUGUGACGCAACUUGUCCUUCAACCUGCGGUCUCGCCUGAAGAUGCUCCAAGUCCCGAACAAGCUGAGAAACAGGGCUCGGUGGAAGAAUCUUCAUCAGGAAGACCGAGAAGAACACGGAAGCCAAGCUUCAAAGUGGAAAUGGCUCUGUCAGCGUCCGCCGACAUAAGCAACGACGAGAUGGACUCCGGCGAAGAGGAUGAAAGCCCAAGAAAGAAGGCACGGCGGAACGUGAAGCGCUUCUCCUGCGAUGAAUGCGACGCGGCCUUCUAUUGGAAGGCCGAUCUGAAAAAGCAUGCGGCGCUCCACACGCGCCCUUUCCCGCGGCAGCAGUGCGACAGGAGAUUCCCGGAGAAGUCUUCUCUGGAGGACCAGGUGGCGUCCAAGGCGCCACUGCCCUUCCCGUGCCCGCAUUGCAAGCGCUCAUACCGCAAAGAGGAGUCUCUACAGAACCACCUGAAGCGGCACCAACCUCCGGCGCAGCCUAAGCCUUUCGCCUGUGAGCAGUGCGGGAAGACCUUUCGUGUGGAGCGCUCUCUGGAGAACCACCUGUUGCGCCACCAGAAGUGGAAGGAGUCGCUGCAGUGCCCGCUGUGCAACAAGACCUGCAAGACGCCGGUGCAGCUGCGCGGCCACAUGGUGGUGCACUCGGACGAGCGGCCCUUCAGCUGCGCCACCUGCGGCAAGGAGUUCAAGAGCAAAGACACGCUCCGCUUCCACCAAAUGGUUCACACCAACGCCAAGAAGUACAAGUGCAACGUGUGCGACGAGACCUUCAAGUAUGCCCAUUCGCUGACCGUGCACAAGCGCAAGCACACCGGGAUCACGCCGUUCGUGUGCGGAGUGUGUGGACGCUCAUACCGCACCGGUACGGCGCUCAAACGGCACAGCGUGGUGCACACGGGUGAGAAACCGUUCACCUGCCACGUGUGCGGCGCACGCUUCAGCCUCAACAACAAUUUGAAGCGACACCUGCGCAUCCACACUGGCGAGAAGCCUUUCACCUGCAAGGAUUGCGGAAAGAGCUUCUCGGAUAACAACAAGCUCAAGUCGCACAUGCUGGUGCACGGAGCCCGAAAGCCAUUUAUGUGCGACCUGUGCGGGAAGACUUUCCUCUUCAAUUGCCGCCUUCAGAUCCACCAAAAAUAUGUGCAUGCCAAGGAGGAUGACAAGCCCAAGGUGUUCCCUCAGAGGCAGAGGAACAAGCUUCUGGUCAAGCCGUACAGCUGCAAAAUCUGCCUGGCCAGCUUCAGUGCGGCCUGCUCGCUCAAGCUCCACGAGAAGGGCCACAGUGAGCACAAGGAGUUCUCCUGCGCUUUGUGCGGCAAGGCCUUCCACAAUAAGUACUCGUUCCGCUCGCACCAGCGCUCGCACUCGGGCGAGAAGCCCUUCGUGUGCGAGGUGUGCGGCAAGGGCUUUAUCCACGCCGGCAGCCUCAAGCAGCACGAGCGCAUCCACACGGGCGAGAAGCCGUACAAAUGCGAGCAGUGUGGCAAGGCCUUUCGCACCGACGGAAACUUCUACCGUCACCUCCGCAUCCACACGGGAGAGAAGCCCUUUGAGUGCGCUUACUGCCACCGCAAGUUCCACCAGUCCAACCAGCUCAAGUCGCACUUGCAGGUGCACACGGGCCAGAAGCUCUAUUCGUGCCAGACCUGCGGACGAGGAUUCUCUGACUCCAGGCAGCUCAAGAAGCACAGUUGCGAUGGAACAGUUGUCCCAGUAUUGUUGACAGUAGGAUUUGACAAAAUGGUGGAGCUGCUGGCUCAAGAGGCAAGCAGAAAGAUCAACUGUGUUUUCCUCCAGCUGUUAGACACCACCACUAAGGAAAAGCUGAUGCUUCAGGACAAAGUAAGUGAUCUGGAGCGCCAGUUGAAAGCUGUCACUGAAGACUUUGAUGUCAUCCGAAUAUGGAGGGAGAACGUGUUGACUGGAUGCCCUGUGCUCAAUGAGCAGACGGGAUGGGUCUUCACCCUGAAGCCUUUUGGUGUAUUGGUGAACUCAGAUGAGUUAGCAAAGGAAGAUACUGAGUCCACAACGUCAGCCAUCGUCAAACGCAUCAAAGAAGAGUCUGCGUUGGUGGAGGUGAACGAGGGAGCUGAGUCAUCAUCAGCCUGUAGACAACACAUUGCCGAGGAAGACAACACAGCUGCAUCCUCCGACUCCCAGAAUCGUUUGCAAACUGAAGUCACUAAGAAGGUGUUUGAAUGUGACAUGUGCAGUAAGAGCUUCAGUCGUCAGCUCCACCUCAAGAAACACUUGGACACCCACAAAGAGUCUCUGAGUUGCCACGAGUGUCCCAGGAUCUUCCGCCGCAGGGCGGCGCUGGAGCGCCACCUCCUGCGUCACAAGGACAAGACGCUUCACUCCUUCAUGUGUCCCAUCUGUGACAAGACCUUCAAGAACAAGAAACUGCUCAAGUCACACGAAUCGGUUCACGGUGACGACGCACGGCCCUUUGCCUCCGACCAAGUUUCUCAGGGUAAGGCGUUCACCUGCGAAACAUGCGGUGCCGGCUUCACGCUGCAGCAGAACCUCAAGCGGCAUGCCCGAAUCCAUACGGGCGAGCGACCCUUCAAGUGCCACGUCUGCGGCGCCAGUUUCGUCCAGGACAAGCUGAAGGCUCACAUGCUGCUCCACGGCGCCACCAAGUCUUUCAUGUGUGACUUGUGCGGCAAGACAUUCCUGUACAAUUGGCAGCUGAAGAAGCACCAGAAAGUGGCGCACCAGGAGGGCACUGAGGCAGGCAUGCAGGCAGGACAGCGAAAGGUCCGAGCACGGGAAAACCGCACUGUCAUCUUCAAACGCGACAGGACCACCGUGGAGUUGGCAGCUUUUGCCUGCAAGACGUGCCAACGCGGGUUUGACUCAGAGGUGGCGCUUGCGAAACACGAGCUGCUCCACACGGGCAGCACCCCGUAUGCUUGCGACGUAUGCGGCAAAGCCUUCCUCUACAAGACCACCUUCGACUACCAUCUUCGCACGCACUCGGGCGAGCGGCCCUAUGCCUGCGACGUGUGCGGAAAGACCUUCAUUAUCCACCACGCGCUGAAAUCGCACCGGCUGCGACACACCGGUGAGAAGCCACACGCCUGCGAGCAGUGCGGCAAAGCCUUCCGGGUGUACACCAACUACCGGAGACACCUCAGGAUCCACACGGGCGAGAAGCCGUACGAGUGUGAGGUGUGCGGGGUCAGAUUCCGCCAGCUUGGGCACGUCAAGUUCCACAUGCAGGUGCACACGGGCGAGCGGCCCUACGCCUGUUCCGCCUGUGGAAUUGGCUUUUCCGACUCUAGGCAACUAAAGAAGCACACGUGCGCUGGGAAAGAGCUCGGGAAGACUUUGCUGACAUCUUGACUCCCAAGAAUUGUUUGACACAAUAAAAUAAACAUUCUUCACUUUAGU